AGAGGACCUCGGAAGGAGAGAGAACCAAGAGUAGGAAUGUGGAAGGGAAACAGCCCAGGGUGUAACCAGGGAGCAGCCAUGGAAGGAACCGGUGGAGAACUGGGGGGACAAGGGAACUGGGGUCUGGAAGAUGCCCCAGGCCUCUUGGCCAGGGCCUCCCUGCCCAUCAUGCCUGCAUGGCCAUUGCCUCUGGCCUCAUCUGCCCUUACCCUGCUCCUUGGAGCUCUCACUUCCCUCUUCCUCUGGUACUGCUACCGCCUGGGCUCCCAAGAUAUGCAGGCCCUAGGGGCUGGGAGUCGGGCUGGGGCUGUCAGUGGUAGGCCUGGAGGGUGCUCUGAGGCUGGCAGACCAAGCCCACGGAGCUCUGGGGAGUCUGUGGAAGGACCUAGGACAGAAGGCCUAGUGAGCCGUCGCCUUCGGGCCUACGCCAGGCGCUACUCUUGGGCAGGGAUGGGUAGGGUGAGGCGGGCGGCUCAGGGUAGCCCAGGCCCUGGGGGAGGGCCAGGGGUCCUGGGCAUUCAGCGCCCAGGCCUGCUUUUCCUGCCAGACCUGCCCUCAGCCCCCUUCGUGCCACGGGAUGCCCAGCGGCAUGAUGUGGAGCUCCUGGAGAGCAGCUUCCCUGCCAUUUUGAGGGACUUCGGGGCUGUGAGCUGGGACUUCUCAGGGACUACCCCUCUGCCUCGGGGCUGGUCCCCACCACUGGCCCCUGGGUGCUACCAGCUCCUGCUAUACCAAGCAGGCCGGUGCCAACCCAGCAACUGCCGCCGGUGCCCGGGGGCCUAUCGGGCACUGAGGGGGCUGCGAAGCUUUAUGAGUGCCAACACCUUCGGCAAUGCUGGCUUUUCCGUCCUCCUGCCUGGGGCCCGGCUCGAGGGCCGCUGUGGGCCCACCAAUGCCCGAGUCAGAUGCCACCUGGGCCUGAAGAUCCCCCCUGGCUGUGAGCUGGUGGUCGGGGGUGAGCCCCAGUGCUGGGCUGAGGGACACUGUCUACUGGUGGACGACUCCUUCCUGCAUACAGUGGCUCAUAAUGGCUCUCCCGAAGAUGGGCCUCGAGUGGUCUUCAUCGUGGACCUUUGGCAUCCCAAUGUGGCUGGGGCCGAACGCCAGGCCCUCGACUUUGUCUUCGCACCAGACCCUUGA